AUGUCCCUGCAAGUGCUCAAUCCCCUUCCCAGUCCUCGCUGCACACCCCUAUUAUCACCUAGCAACCGAUUUGAAUGUCGCUGCUCCUCCACUGAAUCGGCGGGGUCGGAGCACCUGGGCUCCACCUCAGAAAGUCCGUCCACCUCAAGGCGGCAAGAGACCACCUACUUUCCAACUGCCGUUGCUAUCUCAACUACCGCCUCGGCCACUGUCACCUCCGCUGCCAACCAAUCCAGACGAGUGCGAUUUCGACCACCUCCCACAAGCACCACCAACGCAACAGAGACGGCGCCAGAGGACGGUCCCUGUACAGGGGAAAAGAAUGAGACGAGUGACACUCCAGUCAAAUUCCUUCAGGUGCCUACAAUUCUCGACCCAUCCACCGCCUCUACCAUUGCAGAAGGCACCUCCACCCCAACCGUCGUUAGAGCCAAUCAUAUCGCUCGGCUCCACCAUCCUGUCAAACGAAAAGUCUCCCCAUCUAUCGGCAUCAAAAUCAAUCCUGCUGACUGCCCCACAGAUGUCAUUGUAGCCACGGCGACUACUGUUGCUGACAAUCCCUUCACCACUGCAGCACGGAAGGUUAAUGUUCUCCAAAGACAAAGCACGGUGGAGGAGAAAGGGGUUGGUGGUAGUAGUUCUGGUGGUGCAAAAAUUGCUCAAGAUCGUUCCGGCCGGAUGUCUCUGCGGCCCUCCCUCAUGCUCAACGCUCUGCGCGGUGUUCAGCGAAGCACCGACGAGACGGCUGUUGUUGGCACUGGCAGUAUCGGGGGGAGUGGAAGCACAAUUCUUCCUAAUGGGGUCAUCAAAUCUCUCACAUUUGAUUCCUCCACUGCACCUCCUGAUAAUCCAACUCGUCGACUCACACGUUUCUCCAAUCUCCUUCGUGCUCCUUCUGAAAUUGUCUCUGACCCAGAUCUCGAAGCCACAUCCAUUUCAGCCAAUCUAGAAGCUUCCAAUGAUUAUUCCACUGAUCACAGAGCCCUUCUCAUGGAGGUUCUUUGCUAUUGCUGUUGCUGUUGCUGUAAUGAUGGUGUCGGUGGCCGUAUUAGUGGUGGAGGUGGAGGUAGGAGGUCCGAUAAUAACUCCGCUACCGGUGGACAUCGUCGUCGAAUGCAUCGAGAUAGUGGUGGUGCAGGCGGAGGCAGCUCCGACCGACGUGGAGACUACGCUAACCUGAUUGAGAAUCACAGAUUGGCCCGACUAGUCACGUUACUAGCAGUGCUUGCGAUUCUGGGCCUUGUGCUCACUUAUAUUAUAAAACUGAUAGUGGAGCAGCAACAGCAGCAACACCAAGUGACAACCCCAACUCCACAGUUGUUUACCCAAAAUUCAGGUACAUAA